GCCAGACGCGACAUCAGUGCCCCGUUUCCUAAUGCACUUCUGGAUAUAUUUGCAGGAUCUAUUGAGUCUAUAGCAGGAAGAAAACAUGAAUGGUGGACUCUUGUGUCUUAAAUGGAGGGAUCAUCACUCCACGUUUUUCCGCAUGCUCUCAUCUGUUCGGAAAAAAGAAAUGUAUUGUGAUGCCACUAUAGCAUGUGAAGGAAGAUUUUACCCUGUCCAUAAACUUGUUCUCUCAACGUGUAGUGAAUAUUUUGAGAGGAUGUUUGACGUGGCGGACAAACAGCAUCUCAUGAUAGUGUUAGCCGACAUACCUUAUGAAAACUUGGAGACACUCUUGGAUUUUAUGUACAUUGGUGAGGUGAAUGUGCUGCAGAGUGACCUCUCGAAUUUUAUGAAGGCAGCCGAGUGCCUCAAGAUCAAAGGUCUGGCAGAGCCCACAGAGACAAACCCCAGAAAGGAGUGUGUUGAUAGUAAGAGGAAUCUUUCCCAGAAAGAUGAUGGUAAGAGGAAUCUUUUCCAGAAAGAUGAUGGUAAGAGAAAUCUUUCCCAAAAAGAUGAUGGUUGGGAGACAAAGCGCAGAAGACAGAAUGAUGAUUUGCUACUGAACUCCAGAUCUGAGACUAAGACGAAUGAAGGCAUUUUGCAUGACAGUUCGGGAUCGAGCAAAGGGCUUCUGGGAAGUAAAGAAUCGUGUAUUGAAUCCAAAAGGGGAAGAGAUCAAGCUUCGGGACAUGGCAAGAUCAACAAUAUAUCUACGUUGGGGAUAGUCUCCCCAGCUCAGCUAGCAUCAGCUGAACUGGCCUCCGAGACACAGGCUGACUCGGGGUCUAAAUCGGCUGCCCCUCUAGCAAAGAGUCAUGAAAGUUCCAUUAGCCAUGAUGGUGAAUUAACCGACUGUAAUAGUUCUCAGGUAAAGUUUGAAGAUGUUAAUGUGAAAGAGGAACCUGAGGAGUGGCUACAAACAGAUAGUAAUGAGGAAUCGCAGCUGUUCAAGUUCUCGGAUCCUGGGCUGACGUACAUGGCAAAUACAUCCACCUUGCCUUUAUCAGCUCAGGGGCUUGGCCAAGUGGUACAGAGUCACGUGGGUGCCCUAGAGCACUCGGCUCAUCCUCUGCCUGGACCUUCGGGGUUACAUUCGACACCGGGAUGGGACCACCAACUACACAGUACGUUGACUUCGGAUGACUUUGUACAGUAUCAGUGUGGUCCUGUGAAAGGAGCCAGUCAGAUCGAGCAAGAGGAGCAAGAGGAACUACUGAAGAAGGAAACACGGGUGGAGGGGCUCCACAGGUGGUGGAGGCAAGUUGCUCCUGCCGGCAGGCCCACUCGUGAUAAACUAAAUAGAGAUUUGUUUCUUACUACAAGAGAAGUAGAUUUUUUGAUAGACUGGUUGAAAAUAUCCACCGAUUUAGGCUUUGCCCAUGUAAAAAGUGAUAUAUUGAACACUGUUCAAAAGAUAUUUGUUGAAAAACAAAGGAAAACUCCUUUUAAAAAUAAUCUUCCCAAUUCAUUUUGGUACUACAGAUUUUUAAAAAAUAAUCCAAACAUCACAUCUAUAGUUCAUAAGGAAAAUCAAAUUUUCAAGAGUUUUGCUACCUUUAAUGCUGUAGAAUUUUGGUACUCAGAUUUGGAAAAUUUUUUAGCCAAGCUUAGUUUUCAAGAUAUAUUAAAUGAUGCUACCAGGAUAUUUUCCACCGGCUCCCUUGUGUUUCCAAUGAAUGCCAAAGAUGGGACUGUAUUUGAGCCACGUAGCAAAAAUGAUAGAACACCAAGCGAGCGCUCCCAGUUUAUUUCAGUCAUAGAAACCAUCAGUGCAGCCGGUAAAGUUUCACCCGCAACAGUCAUUUGUCCUGAUUUAAUCAUCCCUAGCCAUGUACCAGAGUCAGCCACACUAGAAUGGCAUGUUAGCAGUUCUCCUUCUGGUGCAUUGCAGGCAGAGAAUUUUCUAGACCAUCUGAAGACUGUGUUCAUACCAUGGCUCCAUAAGGAAGGCAUCAAGACUCCUGUUAUAUUAUUCCUGCAUGGGCGCUAUACUUCCAUGGUAACACCAGAAGUGUGCGAGUUGUUUAAGGAGAAAAAGGUUUUUGUGCAUUCACUUCAUCCAUACACCGUUCUGUUGAAAUUGGAACCAGUUGUAAUGGCCGUGUGUGAUCCCUUGACGCUUUCUUGGGCUGAGGAAGUGCAGAAAUGGAAAUCUGAAACUAACAGCCAAGUCUUAACUUGUUCGGGUUUUUUUGUGGUUUUGAGUAGAGUUCAAAGAAAGGCGAUGGUGUCCGAUAAUAUAAAACAAGCUUUUCAACUCAGUGGUCUUUCUCCAUUUAGUUUGAAGGCUUUGGCUGAUACUACCCAGAGUUGAGUAUCAAAACUCUUGCUCAUUAAAUUCAAACACUAAUUAAAAUAGGAUAAAUAUGAAUAUUUUAUUGCAAUGUAGUGAUAGCUGCCAGAUAAGACAAAAAAUGGGCCUUGCACCAUUUUUAGUUGUGUGCCUCUUCUUAAGUUGUAUGUUGCAAAAGAAAAAGAAAAAAUUGGCAAACAUAUAACAUAUUUGGCAUUUUCUUAUUUAGUAACAUAUUCUUAAAAUUGUCCCAAGGUACAAACAUAAUUAUGUAAUUUUAACCUUGAGUAUUGAGAGUGUAUGUUCAUUAUAGGUUAGGUCACGUCACAAUAAAAUCACAACAUUUUUUAUGCAUGUAUGAGAAAAUAUGGAUACGAUGGAAUCCAACUCUCAUCCCUGAACUCUGCAGUCACUACUGCACUACUAACAUCAUGGUCCAGUUGGUAGUGCAUAUGAUGAGGGAGUCCAAGGAUGUGCAUUAGAUCUCAUUUUAUUGCCACUAUGUUUUCUAUAAGCAGUAAGGCACUUGUUACUGCAGUAUUUAUUACAAACUCUGGUCAUAUAUAAGUGAGAAUGUGCAGUUAAUUAUGCUAUUGUUCAGCUAAAAUGGAACUUUUGUAUUUCUUCUCUUUCUGGAAUAUUCCCACUGGUAUUUUAUACCUCAAACUUGUAUACUGUAUUCUAAUUUGCUGUUGACUUUAGAUUCUAUCUUGUCUUAUGUUUAGUUGAAGGCAUUAACUUAUAAACUGCUAAACUAUUUGAAUCCAACAUCUAGGUAUGCAUUAAAAAGUAUGGAAAACCAAUAAUAAUAAUAUAAUUAUUCAUUGUGUCAGGGGACAGGAAACCAGAGUGUAUUCAUACAUGUUAGGCUUAUAUCGAGGUUCCCUUCCCAAGGUCGAAUUUCUGACCCCGCCCAGCAUUCAAGCCCACAACAAGCUGACUAACUCCUGAGUACAUACUGCUAGGUGAAAGGAAAGCUGCCCAACCAUUUCUGUCCCACCCAGGAUUUGAACCUGGAAUUCUCGAUUGUGCGUCGAGAACAACCCCGACUCUACUACCGGGACCUUAAAGGAUUAAUCACUAAUGGCAAUUUGAGCACACAAGGUAAUUGCAGAUGGUGAUUAGAGCCUUGCAAGGGUUAAUUACCUUUUAGAUUUGGAGUCCCUCUGGCCAGUGAUUAAUGGUGGCAUCAACUGGGAAAAGUAAUCAACAUUUCUGAUUAUGGUAUGUCUCAGUCCACCCUUGGACACUACCAGGUUGACUUGAUAAUGAUCUAGGAUGGAUUGAAAUAUUGUAAAUUUUUUUACCUUUCCAUGAGUAGGUUAGUAUUGAUCUGGCUUUAAGAGCAGGACCAGGAUUUACCAAGCACUUAAGUGUUCACUUGCGACAUCAAUACAGUAUAUCUCGUCAAUCAUGGUGGCUGUGUUUGCAAUUAUGAAACAGUUUGUGCUCUGAAAUUCUACAAGGUUGUUUAGAACAAUAAUCUUGAGCUGUAAAGUUUGGAAGCUUGUAAUUUGUUUAUUAAAAUACAAACUUAUCUGUCAUGAUUGAAGAAAGAUACUGUAUUUAGGACUUGUAAAUGCUUGAUGAAUGCUGGCCCCUGGGUCUGAUUUGCAUACAAUCAACUGAGAUUUGUGAGGUAUGUCAAAUAAACUUAUUGAAGCCAUGAAGGAUGCAAUAUUCUGUUUUCAGUUAACUGUAUACAGUACCACAUGUGUGUACAAAAAAAUGUUCUAACCGAAUCUUCGUUGUACGCAUUGGCCUUGGUAGCUCAUCACACCUGUGUUGGCAAGCCACUGAACCAUCGGAACACGUGCGUGUAUCAGUGUUGACAAGAUCUGUUUUCCUAAGUGAAACAUUUUUUCUUGUAAUGAUUAUUUCAAACAUUCUCAAGUAAUUUUCUGUGCAGUUGUUUAAUGUAUGAAGCAAGAGUAGAAAACAUUGAACAUUAUUAGUAAAUCAUCAAAAUUAAGAUACAUUUUCUUAGUGUUGUUUUUCUGCUUUGUCUACUGAUUUUUGUUUCCUCUCCUUUUAUGUCUUUUUUUGGUUCAUGUUUCUUCUCUCAUUAUAAGCAAAUGGAAGGUGUAUUAUUGAUGUGGCACCUAAAUCAAUCAUGAAAUUUACAUAGCAAAUAUGCUAUGAAUUUAUGGAGAGGGAUGUCUUAGGCACUAGAAGCCACGUAGAUAACUACUGGCUGCUAUGUUCGUGUAAGAUUUCUGGAAGAUAUGUGCACUAGAUCUGGACAGUAAUUACAGGAAUAGAUUACCUAUAAAACAAAGAGUGGGAUUAGUGAAUGUAAAGUAGGAGUACGGGAGACAGAGGCACACAUUUCAGAAAGGUUCAAGUCUGGCCCCGGGCCGGGCUUGGGAAGUAGAAGAACUCCCAGAACCUCAUCCAGGUACAAUCCGAUGGCUUCAUUUUAAGAGAGAUUUGUUAAUAUUGACAUUGUCCAGCAUAUAGGAUAUUGAGUAUUUUUCAUAUUGUUACAAUAUGGCUCUUUGGGUCUAAAAUAUAAUUUUUCUUUGGGGCACUUUUUGCCCCAAUAUAUAACUGACUGAUAUGACUGAAUUAACAAUUAAAGUGCAGUCGUCAUUUUGUGUUGAUUUAAAUGACGAUUUAUGAUUUAUACCUGUGUCAGUGUUGAUGCCCAAAUGCUUCCAAUAGUUUAGUGGUGUCUUUCAGCAGUCGUGGGAGACCAGAAAAAAAUUUGGGGGUAGGCAUCCUUCAGCUGUAGCCAUUAUCAUAUGAUCUUGGAUCUUCCCUAGGUUAACAUAAAAAACAUAUAUUAUGAAGUAUGUUAUAAAACAUACAGUGAAGAUACAGAUCUCCACUGUAUGUUGUUAUUUUGGUAUUUGCUUUAUUUUCACAUAGAGAUUCUUUACUUUUGACUAUAUUUCAUACGAAAAAUUAAAAAUUAUGUAUUUUUGUUUUGUUUUAACUAUCAUCGCAGUCUGAUACUGAAUGUUGACCGUGGCCUAAACCAAAAUAAGAGUAGAUGUGUGAUUUUUGUUUUCCUCAAACAUAGUUGUGAAUAGCUACAGAUUUUUAUUUGUUAAUAAAAACAAGAUUUUUUAUUUUAGUUUUUUGUUCUCAGUAAGGUUGCACAUUGAGGGUUAAGGACUGUACAUCUUUGAAAACAAAUAACAAAUUGUAUAUCAAAUAUACCCCCCCCCCUUAAGUUACAAAAAUAUCACAUUGAUUUUGUAAGAAACAUGCUCAGAAUCAUGGAAAAAUAUAUGUAAUAUUUAUUCUAACGCGUUUCUAUUACAAAGCCAGCCGAAGUCACAAUUGUACAAUUUGAAAUCCCAUAAGAAUCAGUCACUUAUAGGGAAUUGAGCACAUAGGUAAUUUUCUUCUACAGUGUAUUGUUACAGUACUUGGUAACUUGUUCCACAAAUCAGCAACCCUCUUUCCUUGCCAAUUUCUUCCUAUUUAAUUUCUAAAUAUAAACUCGUUCAAAUUUAUUAUAUUGUUUUGCAUUCUAAUUUUGGUUGAAUUUUUUGAACCCUUGUUUAAUCCCAUUUCACCAAUUGAUAUACAUCAUUUGUCUCCUCUUGAUACUUUCCAAGGUAUAGUAUAGUAUUUAAAUUGCUAAUGUAUUAGUCCCUUUAGAUUAAGGAGUUUCUUAGUGGCUGGAAUUUACUGUCAUUCUUCUUUGUAUAUUUUUAAACGAAUGUACAAUGAUUCGAUAAUAUGCCCACACUCCCACCCACUACAUCUACCCACCCACAACAACCACAUCCUCCAACAGCAUCCAGACACACCCAUCCACAACAUCCAUAUAUCCACCCAUAACAUCCACAAAUACACUCACCUAAUGCCCCUAUUCUCCUAGCAAUAAGUACUGUAAGUACCUAGGAGUCUGGCAACUGUUGCGGGGAAAAGGUCAGUAGUUGGACCUACGGGGGACUUUGCUACACUAAUAAGAGAGGCUUUCUGUUUCUGACAAUAGGAAUCAUUAUAUACACCUUCAACCCUAACCCCCCUCCCCCCCAUGAACAUCACCACAGUAUCUAGAUACGCACCCAUCUUAAAACUGCCAUAAAGUAAAUAAAGACACUGUACCAGAUAGGGGACAAAUGAACAAGGUUGGACAGGAGGACAUUGGAAACAGCUGAGCCAGAGGAAUGGAAGGAAGUACAUAUAUAUGCAGUGAGAACAAGAGUAGAUAACAAAUGGAAUAAACUUGAGCCAAAUGUAGUGGAAGCAACCACCAUUCACAGACUCAAAAGCAUGUAUGACAGUACUGGAAUAUUGGGAGAUGUAAAUGCAUCGAGCACAAUAGCUAGGUAAUGAAUUGGUAAUGAAAUUGGUAAUGAAUUACUCAAAUGAAAUUGAUGUUACCAGUCCUCUUUAUGGCUUACAAACUGUACAUUGCAUUAAAGCAACAAAUAAAUGUGCAUUAAUUCA